GCUUUGAUUUUACCAAUAAAAAUGAGCCUUUAUUUUUUAUCUCUCUAAAGCUUUCUCUCACUAGAAAUUUCUUACUACUAGUACUGAAAUUUUAUUGCGGCAUUGUCUUGUUUUUAAGUUAAAACACUUCCUUCCAUCAAUCUUAUUACGGAGUAGUAGUACUACUACUUACCCACGCAUUUAAGUGUGUUCAUUCUUAUUUUCUCUCUCUCCCUAGGAACACACUUUCUCUCUCUAGAAGGAAAAGUAAUUUCCCAAAAUAUAUUUGUGGGUUUUCCCUUCCUUAUAGAAAUUUAAGUGUGUUUGUUUUUGGUAUACAUUUUAUGAGAGAGACAAAAUAAUUAAGGUAAUAAUUGCCAUAAUUACAGCGUAUUUGUGAAGAAAGAGUGAGGUGGGAAGGGGGUUUAGUUGAAGAUUAGUGCUGUAUGAAGAAUUGGUGAUACAAUGAGAGAUGAAAAACCCAAGAAAAGCAAGCUUUGGUGGUCGAAGUCAUUGAUUAAGAAAUGGUUCAGUAUCAAGAAUAAGUGCGAGGAUUUUCCUGUUGUUGAUGAUCUUGCUUAUGGAGGAGGUGAAGUUGAGUGGAGGAGUAGCUUCUCAGAGAGGGAGCCAAGUAAUAUCAAGAAAAGCAAAACAGAGAAAUUUAACAUCAAUUCAGAUCGGAUUCGACAUGGCGGAGAAUAUCUUGAGCAUCCUAGGAUCAUAGAUGUCCAGAAUCACAGUGUUUUUGUUGCAACAUGGAAUGUGGGUGGGAAAUCACCACCAAGUAACAUGAACCUUGAUGAUUGGCUUCAUGCUUCACCUGCUGCUGAUAUAUAUGUUCUUGGAUUUCAGGAAAUUGUGCCCUUAAAUCCUAGCAACAUAUUAGGGGCUGAAGAUAAUGGUCCUGCAAAGAAAUGGGUUUCCCUAAUAAGAAAGACAUUAAAUAACCGUCCUGGGAUGAGUGGAAGUAGUGGCAACCAUACACCGUCCCCUGUUCCUAAUCCAAUUGUAGAAAUGAAUGCUGAUUUUGAAGGGUCCGGUCGCCAAAGAGCUGCAUCUUUCCUCCCUCGCCGAUCAUUUCAAGCCACAGGAAGCAGGAAGAUGGAUAAUGAUCCUUCCACAUCGCAGCCCCGACUUGAAAGGCGUUACAGUGUUUGUGACCGAGCUAUAUUUGGCCACAGACCGAGUGAUUAUAGGCCAAGCAACUGCAGACCCAGUGAUUAUAGGCCGAGUGACUACAGGGCAAGUGAUUAUAGCCAUAGACCCAGUGAUUAUAGUCACAGACCCAGUGAUUAUAGCCAUAGGCCCAGUGAUUACCGGCCAAGUGAUUAUAGGCCUAGUGACUUCAGGCCAAGUGAUUUCUCUAAGUGGGGUUCAUCUGAUGAUGAAUAUGGUCCGGGUGAUUCACCAAGCACGGUACUCUUUUCACCAAUGUCAUGUGGCGGAUCCACCCAAAGUGACAUAUGUUACAGACAGCCUAAGCAAUCAAGGUACUGCUUGGUGGUAAGCAAGCAAAUGGUAGGGGUAUUUCUCACAGUAUGGGUCAGGAAAGAUUUGCGAGAGCAUGUACGCAAUGUGAAAGUCUCUUGUGUUGGUAGAGGAUUAAUGGGUUACCUAGGAAAUAAGGGUUCCAUUUCAGUCAGCAUGAUGUUGCACCAGACCAGCUUCUGCUUUGUCUGUAGUCAUUUAACCUCAGGACAGAAAGAAGGUGAUGAGCUGCGCAGAAAUGCUGAUGUCAUGGAGAUUCUGAGGAAGACGAGGUUUCCACGUGUCAGUAACGUGGGUGACGAGAAGUCCCCUGAAACAAUUGUUGAGCAUGAUCGAGUCAUUUGGCUUGGGGAUCUAAAUUACCGGUUAACCCUUCCUUAUCGGUCAGUUAGGGCACUUGUUGAGAUGCAAAAUUGGAGGGCAUUGUUAGAGAGAGACCAGUUGCGCACAGAACAAAGGAGAGGCCGUGUGUUUACUGAGUGGAAGGAGGGAAAUAUAUAUUUCCCACCAACUUACAAGUAUUCUCACAACUCAGACAGAUAUGCAGGGGAUGAUCUACACCCGAAGGAGAAAAGACGAACGCCUGCUUGGUGUGACCGAAUUUUAUGGCAUGGAAAUGGGCUGCAUCAGUUGUCCUAUGUUCGCGCUGAGUCAAGGUUUUCUGAUCAUAGACCAGUUUACAGUAUAUUCUGGGCCGAGGUGGAAUCCAUCCCGGCCAGAUUAAGGAGAAGCAUGAGUUGCGCUAGUUCCAGAGUUGAAGUUGCUGAUAUGUUGCCUUAUUCACAUGGCUACACAGAACUUUGCUUUUUCUAAGGAGUUGGGUUGAGCAACGACCACCAUAAAAAUGAUCAAGCUCAGAGGCUACUCCAUCACUGCCAUUCAGAAUAUUGUACUGGCGGGAAUAGCUUUGAACAAACUCAAUUCCUUGACAUGAUGCAGACAUUUCCUUGCUCAUUGAUCGAAAAAGGUGUAUAUUCUGCAAUUUUUGUUUAACAAGAUCACAGCUCGAAACUGUACAUAAAAGCCCCACAAGGUUGAUAUUUAUCUCGAAACAAAUCUAACAAGAUUCAACACGAACAAGACUUUUUGCUGACCAGGCUAAUCAUUUUAGGGUAUUCCUUUAUUUUUUUGUAAUUUUAUAUUUUGGGUGUAGUUUGAUUUUUGCUGACAGUCAAUUAGUGGGAAUUCCCUCUUUAAUGUUGUUUAGAAAAAAGGAGAAAUAUAAGCUUAGAGAUUUGAUUAGGCAUUCGUUUGUGAAAGUGAUGGAAAAAGGUAAUAUAAAAAUAUAUUUUUGGGUA